GUCCGCCGCAUCCAUGCCGAUUCAUGAGUCGCCCCGCGACCAGCCUUAAUUAACACAGAUUAAUUCGACAUAAACGAAAAACUUCUCGGGACGCAGAUCGCCGUGGUCCGGGAGGGCGCGGGGGUUGCUCUCCCCCCCAACCCGGCCAAGCCACGCAGAAACCGCUUAGCGGGGAGGCUCCCGUGGCGCGGGGUUGCAAGCGUGGUGUGGGAGUCCACGAGAGCCGUGGAAUGGGAAUCUCCCGCCUCCUCCAGUGAGCGCAGUUUCACGGGGGCGGUGGCAGGAGGGGUCUGUCCACCGAGACCGACCCACUACCUCCCGAGUCUCGCGUGGGACUGUGGGGGUCCAGUUGUCAGUGCUCCUCGCGGGGUCCCAGAGCCCCACUCGUGUCCGCCGUUGGAGGUCCCUGCCCGCCUGGGUGACGCGGCGGCAGGGAGGAUGCCCUCGAGAAACAACUCUCCUCGAGGUUCCCGCUGCCGGUCCCGGCGGACCCCGUGUCCCGGGGCUCCCCGCCGUAGCCGUGGUCUCAUUUACCGGAAGGCAGGCGCAGCCCGGAGUCUCCCACGCGUGAGCGCGGCAGCCGCCGAGACCCGCUGCUCCUUGGCUACGAACUCCUUAGGGAAGGGGAAAUGAAGGCAGGAAGGAGGAGCAGAUCCAUGAGAGGUCUUGUCACGAGUGGACGGGGCCGUAGGAGCCCACUCAGCACCGCGCCGUGGUGCUGCGGGUCCCACCCUCGGGGCAGCACCCACCCGCGGCGCUGUCCACAGACACGAAAACCGCUUCACUCAGCGGGAAUGGGUUGAAGGGCUGCCCGCCCCCCCCGGGCCCUCCCCCCGAACGGCGCAGGGGGCGGAUUUUGACCCUUCCCGCUUGCGGGCGAAAACUGGCCCCGUGAGACCGCCGGUCCCCCAGAGGCUGCGCCCAUUUCCCGCGACUCGUCGUCCUGACACGCGUCUCGUUCUCCCGUGGCCGCCUCGGGGAGCAGGCGAUGGGUCUCGGGCGGGAUGCAGUGCGGCAGGACGAGAGGCAGAGCCGGUGAGGGGGACCCACGGGGGCCCGGUAUGCCGGAGCGCCCCCCGCCCGACACCGCUCCGUUUGUCUGACCACCGGCCGCCGCGCCGGGCCGCGGAAGCCCCCAGUCCGCCCCGUCCAGGUGCCGCGGAAGCCCCCGGCCCGUCCCCGGGGCUGCGGGGCCCACAUUCCGCCCCCUCCCCGGGGCUGCGAGAAUCCCCCCCACCCCGUCCCGCUGCCGCGGUCCCCCUUUGUGCUCCGCGUCCCUUCCCGCCCCCCCGGGGCCGCCCCCCCGAGCGGGGCGUGUCCCGGGGGCGUGUCCCGGGGGCGUGUCCCCGCGGCGGCCCCUCCCCGCGGCCAUCGGGACGCGCCGCACGUCGGCGGGCGGGGCGCGGCGGGGCCAAUGCGGCGCGGGCGGAAUAUUCCACCCGGCUCCGGCGGCGGCGGGCGCGGGGGGGCCUCGGUGACGUCAGCGGGCGGAGUAUUAUGGUCUGGGCUGCGCCGGGGCCGCCCCUGCGCUGCGAGCGGCCGCGUAAACAUGGAGCUCUCGGCCGUCGGGGAGCGCGUCUUCGCGGCCGAGGCCCUGCUCAAGCGCCGCAUCCGCAAAGGCCGCAUGGAAUAUCUGGUCAAAUGGAAGGGCUGGUCGCAGAAGUACAGCACUUGGGAACCCGAGGAAAACAUCCUGGAUGCCCGGCUGCUCGCAGCCUUCGAGGAGAGCUUUGGUUCUUUUAACACCUCUAGGGAGCGAGAAAUGGAACUUUAUGGGCCCAAAAAGCGAGGCCCCAAGCCCAAAACCUUCCUGCUAAAGGCCCAGGCAAAAGCCAAAGCCAAAACCUAUGAAUUCCGCAGUGACUCUUCCAGGGGGAUCCGGGUGCCAUAUCCCGGCAGGUCCCCCCAGGAGCUGGGCUCCACGUCCCGGGCUAGGGAAGGACUGAGAAACAUAGCCCUGGCCCCCCAGGGCAGUUCCAGCACCAGCACCCCCAAGGGAGACAGCAUCCGGGACCGGGUGAUCCGUGUGGAGGAGAAACCCGGGGAGACCCCCAAAAAGAGAGGCCCGAAGCCCAGGAAGGAGCUUUACAAGGACCUGGCGGAAACUCUGGAUGCCUCCAAGAGGAAACUGGGGGACCCGGGGGACAAGGUGGGGGACUACCUGAAGGCCAGGAAGAUGGAGGAGGCGGCGACGGGGGCGGCCAAGUUUGGCUCGGGACACAGCGUGAUCCAGCUGGCCCGGCGGCAGGAGCCCGACCUGCCCGGCGCCCUGCCCGGCCCCAACCGCGCCGAGGCGGGCGCCGAGACCUUCCCCCCGCGCCUGGCCAAGCACCGCGCGGACUUUCUGGACCCCAAGGGGCAGGGGGGGCUGGACCCUGGCGGGCCCAAGCUCCUGCACGGCGCGGUGAGCCCGGGCAGCGUGGGCAGCCUGUACCGCGACGGCGUGGGGGGCCCGGCGGGGCGGCCCUCCCUCAUCGCCAGGAUCCCCGUCUCCAGGAUCCUGGGGGACCCCGAGGAGGAGUCCUGGAGCCCCUCUCUCAACAACCUGGAGAAGGUGGUGGUAACUGAUGUGACCUCUAACUUUUUGACCGUCACCAUCAAGGAGAGCAGCACGGACCAAGGAUUCUUUAAGGAGAAGCGAUGAGUUUGGUGGAGGUGGUGCUGGGGUUUUCUUCAGUCAGAUCCAGACAAAAGCUUGGUUAGAGCUUGGUGGGCCUCUCUUCUUUUUUUUUUUUUAUUCUUUUUUUUCCUUUAAAUUUUUUUUCCUUUUUUUUUUUUUUUUUCUUUUGUUUUUGGUCCUGGAGAGAAUUUAGAAACUGUCCUAAAUUCAUUAACUCAUUCUUUUGUUUUUGUUUUUGUUUUUUUUUCACGUCUUACAUUUCGUUGGAAAGAUUAUCUCUAGAGUUAUAUUUUCUAUUAGAUGUAAAUAUGUUAUUUAAGAAAAAAUGCUUAUAUAUAUAUCUAUAUAUAUAUAUUUCAACUCUGAGUUGUUUUAUUUAAAUGGAGACAACAGUGACUGCUCAGUUGCUCCUAGGAAGGACAAUAAAACUGAGAACUAACGAGUUCACGCAUCUGCCGCAGGAGCCGGUGUACAUAACGGUGUUCAUAGCUAAGUAUGUGCUGGGUUUUUUUAACUAUUAUUUUUCAUAUGAUGCUAUGGAUGGUGGAGGGGGACGUGUUGCUCCCUCGGAGGGCGAAGUGCCCGGAUUUCUUGAUUGUGAUUUAAGGUGUUGCUUGUACAAUCAAGUGUGCUGUGUCCAGAACUGUUGCCCUUGACAGUUGACGUGAGCACUUGAAUUCACAGUGUUGUUGGGGAUGGGGCGUUUCCAGUCUAACAAAAAAAGUAAUGUCGCUACAAAGUCGGGGCGGGGAAAGGCAGAAAUCCAUAAAAAGGCUAAAAGUUUUGGAGUAUUAACUUGAAUUCCCUUUUCUUGCAGAGGAGAGGAGGUCUGUGUGUGUAAGGUUCCUGAGGGGUGAUACUGAAAUGCACUUUAAUAGAGUUGUCGUAGCAGCUGUGGGAGAUGGGACUGAGCUGAGAAUCUGUUUUCAUUUUGUCUGGUCGCUUGAUUCUGUUCCCCCACCCACUAAAAACAAAAAAACCCCAACAAAACCCCCCUCUGUUUACAUUCCUGAAAUGCCAGAGAGGUUGGGGAGGGAGCAUCUCACUGCCCAUAUUUAGUUACUUUAUUCUGCUAUAGAAAGUGGAUUAUUAUUAUUUUUAUUCUCAAUCACAGUUUACUUCAGACUGUUGGAAGACUCCUGAUAAAGUGUUUUGUAAUACCCACAUCCCUGACAAAUCCCAGAGCCACCUUUAUGCAGUCAGAGAAAAUAAAUAUUUCCCUUUCCUUACGCUGGUUAAACAAUAGCCAAGAGGCAAAAUAUUCCUGUGUGGAGCAGCCCCUCCGGCUUGGAUGGAUUUUUUGCUGGAUUUGCCUGUGGGAUUCCUCCCAGAACUGGGAUUCUUCCCCGGCUGGGGCAGGGAGGGUCUCAUGGCCCUGGAGGAGGUGCAGCAGUUUCCCUGCUGGUGGGGGUUGCUCCCCCAGCUCAGCCACAGCGUGGCACAGAGGGGAGAGUGGGACCCUGCCCGGGUUGUGGUUUGGCUGAGAUGGAGCAGGUGGCCCUGUCCCGACACCUUGCUCUGGGCAUCAGUCAGAUGGGAAGCACAAACCUGGCAGUGCCUGAGGGCUGAACUGGGCCAGGUUCCCCUUGUCCCUGGGCUCCUGAAGGCUCCUGACUCAGGGGGCUCACAGGGAGUGACCACCAGGGAGCCUGAGAGUGGGGAAGGGGCUGGGCAAGGGGCACCCCUUCACUGUGGGGCCCAUCGGCAGCUCCACCUUGUCCGGUCCCCUUCCCCAUCCUUUCGGGACCCAUGAGCUGCCUGGUAGGAGGAUGCUGGAUUGGCUGUGCAAAGGGAGCCAUGGUGUCUGAGAAUUCAGUUUGCUUUUCCUUUUUAUUUUUUUUUUUUUUGGAGGCAUAUUUUUGUAAAAUUGAGAUUUUUAACUUGGUUUGUACGAGGAAGCGAGGUGCUGGUCCCGGUGCCAGCGCCGACAUGGGACACGGGUGGUGUUGGAGGAUGAUGAGGGGGUUGAGCUGUCUGUCCUCCCAAAGCCGGAGGAUCCUUCCCUUUGCAAAGAGCCUGGAGCCGCUCCUGCCCUGUCGGGGCUUCGCUCCAGCCCCGUGUCCGUGUGUGUCCCGACACACCUGGAGCAAACCGUACCUGUGGGUGUAUAUGUGUGUCUGUACAUAGCGACGUGUAUCCUGCGUGUGUGUGUGUGCGGGUGUGCGCGUGGGAAUUAUUUAAAUCUAAGACUUGUACAAAAACGAUUUGGCUAAAUCUCAGUCUCAGAAGUGAAGCUUAACUACGUGUCUUCUGCCAGCCGUGAAUGUCCAUUUGAGACCUGCUUUUUAUGUCAGUUUAAAUAUAUACUUUGUAAAUAGAAA